AUGGAGAAGGUAAGGAUAUGUUACUGCUUUGUACUAACGGGGCUGGGUAUAAGAGAAGGGUCGGCUGUUUUAUGUCAACAGCUGGCUUAAUGAAAUACUACGUAAAGAUAAGAGUCGCAGUUUUAUAAAUAUUUGCAUUUACACGACCAAUACUACGUAUUUUUUGUUAUCUUUCAGAAUUUAAAAACCCGAAAUAUGUUUCCGAUUUUUCUCUGUACUCAAAUAGAAACUAUCGUAGGAAUAUCCAAAUGAACUCUUAUAAUUCACAUGAAUAAAAAUAAUCGUUACAUAUUUAAUUAGUACCUAUUGAAUACCUGGUUUUGGCGAAUUGCCAAUGGCCACGAAAUAUAUCUUUUGCUAUCUGCGUCUCCCAAUCGAAUUCAAAUGUCCUUUUUCGUAAUUUCGAUUUGAAUUCACACAAAUAAUAAAUAGAAAAAACAAUUUCGAAAUUGUAUUUAUUUUUCGAUUACGAAGCAUGAGCAGGUAUUAAAAAAUUUUACAACGUAUUUUCAACAUCACAAAGUGUCCCAAUUUCGAUAUUUCUUAUUUUCUCAGUUAGCUUAGAAGAUGACAAUUAUGAGAUCAUCUGAAAAAUACCAGAAAAUCCUAUAAUAUCCGUUCAAAUAACUGAAAUUGCUUAACAAAAAUGAAAAUGAAAACUGAAAAAAAAACAAAAUAAAUUUCACGACUGGAAUACAGUAUCAUAUAAUUUUAAAGGAACACACAAAUUUUCUUCUCUUCGGCACAAGACCACACUAAUUCAGAAUUUUAUUUUUGUUUUCGUUUCUCGACAGUUCUUCCCGCUCCAAAUUAACAAAGUUUAUGUGACACAGACACAUCGUAUCUGUCUGAUAAGAGCAAGUUGUUAUUGAUUUUCAGAAUUCGGCACCACAACAAGUCGAUGAAAUCAUCUUACUCGUACCACAGUUAGCCUAUCGAGAGGUAUGUUCUAUUUUUCUUUUGAAAUUAAUUAUUUUUCAAACAAAAACAACACGAAUUGGUUCUUUGUUUAUAUUUCAUGCUUGUUUUUAUAAAAAUCAAUGAAUUGUACGUUUUUAGAGAAGCGUAGACGAAGUUUUUCUACCGGAGAACCAUCUAUGCCCAAAUUCAACGCCUGUCAGAUCAUUGUGAGUUAUACUUUAUUUUUUCCCAUCAUUUAGUUUUAUGAGUAAUAAAAUACAUUUUAGAACUCUUAGAAGGAAUUCGGAAAUGCAUCGAAGAUUUGAGAAAAACCGACACAGAGAAGAUAAACUUCUGAGAACUCCUCCGGAUGAUGUUUUUGACGAAGAUGAUUGUUUGGAUCAGGUAAAUUGUUUUCAUUUUUAUUACAAAAACCAACAGGCAAAUUUUGUUUAAAAAUACCCAAAAAUAUAUUUUUAUCACUCAAACUACAAAUAAUGCAAAAAUCUGUCUUAACCUCGUAAAAAACAGUAGACAGACAGGCUGAUAACAAAAAGUUGACAAACUUUUUCAUUUUAUUUUUUCGACUACUGAAGUAUUACUUCUUUAUUUUGAAUCCUUGAUUUAUGGCUUCUCCCUCAUUUUUUCGUAAUAAACGGUGGGUUUUAAAAUAUGUUGCAUUUAAAAAAUAAAUUUUGAAAAUGUAACUUUUAACUCAUAAAAACUGGUCGUAACAGAUGCUAAUCUACAAAUAAAAAUACCAAAUUUUGUUUUUGUUUGUUAUAAUUGAAUAACAAAUCUUUUUGAAAAGAACAACUAUUAUCAUGCUUUCUUAUUGGGUAAGUUUGGAAAGUAAAUAAACUUAACUUUGUUCAUUUACCAGAAAUUUGUUGUUUACUUUCAUUUUUCACAGUUAAGAUGUUUGAAUUUAUAGAGUUCAAAAGUUUUAUUUUUCUAGAUGCGUGCUUUUGAACCAAUCCUCAAAAAACAUCAUCGAGAAGAAGACCGAAGGGAAUCACUUGCAACAAGACAAAUGAAUAAAAGUAGAAAGCAUAGAAGAAGAAGAACAGGUUUGUUUUGAGGGAAAAUGAAAAAGGGCUCUGAAGUUUUGAACUUAACAAUUCGAGUUAUCAUAAUUAUAUAUUUUGAUUUAGGAUUUGAAAAAACUGAAAGAGAAAAGUGGAAGAGGGACAAAAAUCCUUCUCAGAUUAGAACAAUGACAUGUUCCACAGCUGCAUAAAGGCUGUCCAAAAAGUGCAAUAUACAAAAUGAUCCCCUAAACAGCAAAAAAAACAUUCUAACGAAUCCCUUCCAGUUUUCAAAAUUUGAAAAACUCACAGUAAAAUAAAAUAAAUUCAAAAGAUAUGACAACCAUUUUAAUGGAAAAUUUUGUGUUUCUAGAAAUACAGGAAAUCAAAAAUAAAACGAAGAAUUGUUGAAACACCUCAAAACUCAUUUCCAAAACUGUCUUUCAAGUAUUUUAAUUUUUAGACAUUCAUCGAAAUAUCCUGAAAAGAUUCCACCUAAAUUUUUCAAAAUUGUUUUUGCAGGUAGUUUUACCGGUGGUGUUUAUCCUCGAAAAGGUCAUCGUAAUCGAAGUCUUCUUGGUUAUGCUAUUCCACCUCCAAAUGUUCAUUCAAAUGAUUGGAGAGAAAUGUUAGCAAUAACUGAUUCGAAGGAUGACAAAUUACUAAAAUCAGUGAGUUUUUCUUUAUUUUCGGGAAUAGCCAUCUUGUUCUUUUUCGGAAGUAAAUAUAUUGUUUGAAUAACAUCUUAUAUGAUGUUUUGUUGAUUCAGCGUGAGAGAGAAGAAAAAUCUGAUUAACACACCCCAUCCGAUGUUUUGAAAUUACUGUUUUUUUUGUAGCUUCAAAACAAAUUAUUUUAUUUUUAGCUAUGAAAUUUCAAAAACAGGUGACUCAUUUUGAAGUUCUAAUUUUUGAAGUUAUGUUCCACUUUAGAUUAAGAUAAGAUUGUUCUGUUAACAUUUCUUUAAAGACCAAAAGAACGCGUGUUUCUGUAUUUUAAAAGUCAAGGUCAAAUUUAUUAAUUCAUAAUACCUUUAUAAGACUGAAAGUAUAUUACAGCUUUUUAAAAAAAGUGUUUUUUAAAAAUUAAUAUACCUGCCAAUUUCAUUUCUUCACCUUACGGAGUAUAAUCAUCAUUUUCUAAGUUUAAUUUUCAAAAAUGUAACCUAAAAAUGAUAAGUUUAUGCAACUUCGGUAUUGAUAAGAAAAAUUAUAUUUCCAAUAAACUGCAGCAAACGAAAACUUUAACCAAAGUUCUUUUGUUUUCAUUUCAUUUCAACUGACCAGGUUAGAUUAGAUCUUUCAACAUUUAUUUUUUGUACAGUUUAAUAAUAUUUAUUCAAUUCAAUUUUCAUAUGUUCCUUCCUGUUUCAAAAAAAACCUCGAGUGACCCGAACAAAUCAGUAAUUUCAAUCUAUUAGUUGAUACCAAUCUCCAAAUUUUUGCGAGUUUCAAGAUUUUUUUAUAAUCGGUUGGUAUUUGAAAUGAUGUUCGAUUUUUCAUUAUCAAACAUAAUUUUAUUUGUUUUUCACUUCUCAUUUUAACACCUACUUUUAUUUUUUUUUUGAAGAUUUUUUUGUUUUGAAUAUAGUUUUUUUUUUUGAACAAAUCAAAAUAAUAGUUAGAUUCUUGGCAUUUUGAUGAAAAAGUAAACCUUGAUUGGACAAAUGAUCGGUCAGACAAUCAAAUGACGAAUGAUCUUCUCUGAACACAAAUUCGUAUAAAUCAUUGUUUAGUUUAGAUAGUUCAUAGUUACUAGAAUUGUUUCAUUUUUCUUUUCCCAAAUAGACAGUUUUAUUUCAGCUGGGCGUCGCAAAUUGUCUCGGAGCCUCAAAAGGCGAUGUGGCGACUUCUCAUGUUACAACAUCAUCAGAUCAAACAACAAUUCUUCAACAACCAGCCGGAUGUGCAAUUUCAGUUGCUGCUGUAACUGCUUCAAGUCAACAAAUACAAUUACCAACUUUAUUAUUUAAUCAAAUGAGAUUUGGAAGUGAAUCGAAUAUGUCACUUCAUAAAAAUAAUUGGAUUCGAGAUACAUUUACAAGAAGAGAAUGUUCGAGUUUUAUUGCAUCAAAUCGUGAUAUAAAUAAAUGUGGAUGUGGAAGACCAAGAGAUUUACAUCGAAAAAUUCCCGAUUUAACAUCGGAAUAUUUAAGACAGAAAAAAUCAAUGGCGGCAUUUGAACAAUCGAGAGUUUUUGUUCAAGAUGAUUCGAAAAUUGGAACAAAAGCUAAAAGAAGUAAUAUUGCAACUGAGAAAUGGAGUCUACGUAGACAUACAGUAAUCCUGCCAACAAAUGCAUUUGGACAAAUUGAAUUUCAAGGUGGACCACAUCCACACAAAGCACAAUAUGUUCGACUUAAUUUUGAUACUGAACCAGCUUAUAUAAUGUCAUUAUUUGAACAUGUUUGGCAAAUAACACCACCGAGAUUGAUUAUUACAAUACAUGGAGGAACUAGUGAUUUUGAGUUAGUUGAUUUUUGUGGGAAAUUUAGUAGUGUAAAAAUCGAAGUUCUCAAGCCAAGUUAGUUUCUGCUUGAAGCUGUUCUAUUUUUAGUACAAAAAUUCUGAAGCUUUCUAUUUCCAAAUUAAAUCAGAAAUUAGUUUUUUGCAAUAGAAUUUCAUGAACUUCAAGAGAGUUUCGGAAAAUUACCUGAAAUAUUUUUUUUGAAAUUUUGAAAAUUUUUUGAAAAUAUUAGAUUUCUUCAAGAAAUCGAAACAUUUAGAAUUAUAAUUUUUCAUCUUACAUUAGAAAGCAUUUUUCCGGAGGCUGUCAACGUUUUUUUUUAAACAAAAUAAUAUAAUUUUCCAGUUUGCAAGCCAAGUUAGCCAAAGUAUUCCGAAAAGGUUUAUUAAAAGCAGCAUCUACAACUGGUGCUUGGAUAAUAACAAGUGGUUGUGAUACUGGAGUUGUUCGACAUGUUGCUGCUGCUUUGGAAGGUGCUGGAAGUGCACAAAGAAAUAAAAUUGUAUGUAUUGGAAUUUCACCAUGGGGACUUCUCAAAAAACGAGAUGAUUUUUUAGGAACCGUAAGUUUCUAAAAUAAAAAAAUGUAUGUUGAUCUUCAUUUAAUUUUAGGAUAAAACAGUUUCUUAUUAUCCAUUCACAUCAAAAGGUCGUUUUACUGUUUUAAACAAUCGACAUUCGUAUUUUUUACUUGUUGAUAAUGGAACUGUUGGAAGAUAUGGAGCUGAAGUGAUUCUAAGAAAACGGCUUGAAAUGUAUAUUUCACAAAAACAAAAAAUAUUUGGUGGAACAAGAAGUGUUCCGGUUGUUUGUGUUGUAUUAGAAGGAGGAAGUUGUACGAUAAGAUCAGUACUCGAUUAUGUCACAAAGUAACGCUUUUUUAUUAUUGAGAAAUUGAGAACCAAUCAAUAUUUUUUAGUGUUCCACGUGUUCCUGUUGUUGUUUGUGAUGGAAGUGGAAGAGCAGCUGAUCUACUUGCAUUUGCACAUCAACAUGUGACAGAGGAUGGGUAAGAUAUUGAUUUUUUUUUGGAGGAUCAAAGUUUGAAUUGGACUUUGAGAUUUGGAAAACAAACAAAUGUUUUUCUGUUUAACUGACACUUAUCCAUGAGCCUGAAGUUCAGAAAUUAUACUCAAAUUAGUUUGAAAAAAAGAGUUCUGAAAUUUUUCGAAAUAUACUUACUCUAUUCCAUAUUCUCUAAUUUCAAUUAUUUAUUUUUAUAGUCAUCUCCCUGAUGAUGUUCGUCAUCAAGUUCUCGAUCUCGUUGAACAAACAUUUGGAUGUAAUGAGACAAGUGCUCAACGACUUCUUCACGAAUUAAUUGUCUCGGCUCAACACAAGAAUCUUUUGACAAUUUUUCGACUUGGAGAAAAAGGAGAACACGAUGUGGAUCAUGCUAUUUUAACAGCACUUUUAAAAGGACAAAAUCUGUCACCAGCUGAUCAAUUGGCAUUAGCAUUGGCAUGGAAUCGAGUUGAUAUUGCAAGAUCGGAUAUUUUUGGAAUGGGACAUGUUAGUUUUUAUUUUUUGAAUAUUUUAUAUGAGACUUCGGUUACUGUAUAUAACGUGGAAGUUGAUGGAUCAUUUUUUAUUUUGAAAAUAAAAUAGAUGUUUUUUGAAGGAAUGGCCACAAGCAGCUCUUCACAAUGCAAUGAUGGAAGCAUUGAUUCAUAAUCGAGUUGAUUUUGUUCGACUUCUUCUCGAAAAUGGUGUGAAUAUGCAAAAGUUUUUGACUGUUACAAGAUUGGAUGAACUUUAUAAUACGGAUAAAGGUCCACCAAAUACACUUUAUUAUAUUAUUCGAGAUGUUGUUCAUAUCAAAAGUGGAUAUCGAUAUAAGUAUGUUUUUUUCGGAAAAAAAGACCUUGUUUUCGGAACAGUAAAUAUUCAAAUAAUUUGUAGAUUGCCGGAUAUUGGAUUGGUUAUCGAAAAGCUAAUGGGAAAUGCUUAUCAAAGCACGUAUACAACUCCUGAAUUCCGAGAAAAAUACAAAUUACGAAUUAAAAAAAUCAAAGCACAAAAGAAAGCAUAUAAUCGAGCAUCUCAUGGUGGAUCAGCAAUUAUUUCGAGACAAUCAACUGAAGCACUUUUUAGUGCGAGUUAUGGAAAUGAUGACACAGUUUGUGAGCCAUUUAAUGUAUCAGCAGUUAGUGGAAGUCGAGCAUUGAGUAAUCAUAUUUUAUGGAGAUCUGCAUUUCGAACUAAUGUAAGUACUUUUUGUUGUUAAUGGAAAGUAUAUGUUUCUAAUUAAUUGUAGCCAAAUGGUCAAAUGAGACCACCAAAUUUGGAUGAAUCACGAGAUGGUCAUAGUGAAAUUGAAGAAGAAUUAUCAAUGACUGGAGGAUCUGUUGAUACUGAACCUGAUUUUCGAUAUCCAUUUAGUGAAUUAAUGAUUUGGGCUGUUCUUACAAAACGACAAAAUAUGGCAAUGUGUAUGUGGCAACACGGAGAAGAAGCAUUGGCUAAAUCACUUGUUGCUUGUCGAUUAUACAAAAGUCUUGCAACUGAAGCAGCUGAAGAUUAUUUGGAAGUUGAAGUUUGUGAAGAAUUGAAAAAAUAUGCGGAAGAAUUUCGAGUUCUUUCACUUGAUCUUCUUGAUUUUUGCUAUCAUCGAGAUGAUGCUCAAACACUUCAAUUAUUAACUUAUGAAUUAUCAAAUUGGAGCAAUGAAACAUGUUUGGCAUUGUCGGUUAUUGUUAAUAAUAAGAAUUUCCUUGCUCAUCCAUGUUGCCAAAUUCUGUUAGCUGAUUUAUGGCACGGUGGAUUACGAAUGAGAACACAUUCGAAUUUCAAAGUUAUGCUUGGAUUAGUUUUUCCAUUAUUUAUUAUGAGUUUGGAAUUUAAAACAAGAGAAGAAUUAUUGAAUCAACCACAAACAGCUGCUGAACAUGAACAUGAAAUGAAUAAAUCAGAUUCGAGUUCAUCUGCAUCAAGUAGUUCUGAUUCGAGUAGUUCAAGUAGUUCAAAUGAUUCAUCAGAUGAUGAAGAUGAAAUGUAUGGAGGAGCAAAAAGAAGAAAACAAUCAACUGGAAGUAUACAAUCACUUAAUAUUGCUUCAUUAUUUCAUAGUCGAAGAAAAGGACAUGGAAAAAGAAGAAUUGGACCAACAAAUGAUACAGAUUUGAGUGGAAAUGAAUGUGGAAAAGAGAAAGAAUAUGGAACAUUUGGUGGAGAAUUAUCACCGCCACCUUAUGCAUCAAAUAAUAUUCAUAAAAGAAAUCGACAUUCUUCUUAUAGAAAAUCAAAUGGAAGUAAAUCAUCGAUUGGAUUUGGAUCGAAUAGUUAGUUUUUCUAUAAAAAAAUAAAAUAUAGAAAUAUAAAUUGAAUUAUUUCAGAUACGAUAAAUAAAUUACCAAGCACAAAUAAAACAAUAAGUGAUCAUGCAAAACCUGGAAUUCUUGAACAAUAUCAAGGAACUCGACAAAUUAAAUUUCGUCGACGACUUUAUGAAUUCUAUACAUCUCCAAUUACAACUUUUUGGUCGUGGUCAAUUUCUUUUGCACUUUUUAUUAUUGGUCUAACAUAUGUCCUUUUGGUCAAAACUCCACUUCAUCCAACUGUUUUCGAAUGGAUUUUAUUUGCAUAUGUUGUUGGAUUUGGAAUGGAAUUAUUACGAAAAAUGUUGAUGUCGGAAUCGAAAAAAAUCACGGAAAAAAUCAAAUCGUUUUGUUUCAAUUAUUGGAAUAUGGUAACAAUGGCGGCUAUUGUAUUUUAUAUUAUUGGAUUUGCGGUUAGAUCUCUUGUGUAAGUUGUUCGGGUUAAAUCAGCUGAUUUUCGUCAAUUUUUGAGUGCUUUCCUAAUCACAAUUCAUUUUUAUUGAUAUUUUCAGUGAUGUUCCUUAUGGUCGUGUCAUUCUUGCUUGUGAUUCAGUUUUAUGGACAUUGAAAUUAUUAGAUUAUAUGAGUGUUCAUCCAAGACUUGGACCUUAUGUUACAAUGGCUGGAAAAAUGGUGAGUUUUAGAUUAAUCUCUGAAACUCUAAAUUCGAAAAUUUCACAAAAAACAUUUAUUAUAUCAAUAUGUUUUUUUCAUUCAGAUUCUGAACAUGUCUUAUAUAAUUGUUAUGCUUGUUGUUGCUCUUUUAUCAUUUGGACUUGCUCGACAAAGUAUUACUUAUCCGGAUGAAAAUUGGCAUUGGAUUCUGGUUCGAAAUAUUUUCUUGAAACCAUAUUUCAUGUUGUACGGAGAAGUUUAUGCGGAUGAAAUUGACACUUGUGGAGAUGAAGCAUGGGAUAGACAUUUGGAAAAUGGUGAAGAAAUUCGAUUGAGUAAUUCGACAACUGGUUUGGCGUGUGUUACCGGAUAUUGGAUUCCUCCACUUUUGAUGACAUUUUUCUUGCUCAUUGCUAAUAUUUUAUUAAUGAGUAUGUUGAUUGCGAUUUUCAAGUGAGUUUAUUUUUCAAAAUAGGUUAAAGAUUGAGUAUGAGCAAAGAAUAAGUUUUGCUCAUUUAAAAGAGUAUGUUCAAAUUAGUACAAUCCUCGAAGGUUUUUUUGGAAGCUUCUCAAACAUUGGUUUAAAAAUUUCAAAGUUCUAAAAACAGCGAAACACCUUGUUAAAUGGCUUAAAGAACAUAUGUACAGUAGUUUGGAGCUGUGUUUAAAUAAUGUUUAAGAAGCUUCCAGAAAAAAUUCUUCGAGGAUUGUACUAGUUAUAACAUGCUCUUUCAAAUGAACACAACUUAUUUUUUGCUCAGACUCCACCUUUAAUAGAUUAGGAUCUAAAAAAUAUUUUCCAGUCACAUCUUUGAUCAAACUGAUGAAAUUUCUCAACAAAUUUGGCUUUUCCAAAGAUAUCGCCAAGUAAUGGAAUAUGAAUCGACACCAUUUUUGCCACCUCCUUUUACACCAUUAUAUCAUCUUUAUAUGUUAGGAAGAUAUAUUCAAUAUAAAACGAGUAAAGAUGAAAAGAAGAAAAUUGAAAGAAAACGAGCACUUUUUGAUUAUUCACUAAAAUUGUUUUUGAACAAAGAUCAAAUUGAAAAAUUGCAUGAUUUUGAAGAAGAUAGUAUGGAAGAUUUAGCGAGGAAAAAAGAAAAUAUGGAAUAUAAUAGCAAAGAGAAGAGAAUGUAUCGAACUGACACAAGGUAAUACAAUAUAUUGUUGAAAAUUAAUGAAAUUUUGAAUAUUUUCAGAACAGAUCAAAUUUUGAAUCGAUUGGUUGAUUUGCAAGCAAAAGAAACAAUGGGCCGAGAAACAAUAAAUGAUAUUGAAACAAGAAUGGCAACUCUUGAAAAAACAAAUUCCGAAAUUCUAGACUGUGUUCGACAACUUCUUCAACAAAAUCUUCCAAUGGGUCCAAGAUGUUAUUCACCAAUUCCUGAACAAAUUCAUCUUCUUAAAAUACCGGAACAAAGAGAAGAAUCACAAUUGGCUGAUAUUGCGAUAACUCCAAUGAGAAGAGCGAGAACUUCGACUGUUUGUGGAAUUGUUGGAGAAGAAGGAUUAUAUUUAUCACCAGGAGCUGCUGAACAAAAUCGAUUGAUUUCUGUUUCAUCAAUGGAUCCGUUGCCACUUGGAAUUACUAAAGCGUUAGUUUUAUGAAAAAAAAACUCGAAAUAAAAUUUAAUUUUAGGACUUCGAUUCGACGACGACAUGAAGAAUAUACUUCAAUCACUGAUUCAAUUGCAAUUCGAAAACAUGAAAGAAGAAGAAGAACUGCAAGAUCAAAUAGUAGUGAUCAUGCUGAAUCAGCUGCUGGAUCAGAUAUUGAUGAAAAUGUGAUAACAUUAUCGAAAAAACGAUCAAUUCGAGAUGUUCGAGCAUCCGCAUCAAGAGAUAAUAUUGAUGAUGAUGACGAAGAAAGCAGAGAAACAAAUAAAUCAUUUGAAAGUGUACGUUUUUUCGAAAUAUGAUGAAUUACAAAUGAAUUUGAAUCUUUUCAGAAUGAAAAACAUGAUGAAGCUGCUCAAGCUGAUUGCGAAUUAACAGAUGUUGUAUCUGAAGAUGAAGAUGAAAUUGAAUAUGAUGAAGAAGAAGAAGAAGAUGAUGAUGAAGAUAUGCCAAAUAACAGAAAAAUAACAGCUCGUCGAAUGCCUAGUAAUACACUAUCAACAAUUCCAUCACAAUCUGAACUUUCUCAUCAUGUGAUUAAUGAAACACACUCAUCACCUCCACCUUCGCCAGCUAAAUAA